GUGUGUCCACUGUCCAGGUGUCGUUUCCUGUAAUCGCUCAGUGGUUUACCGGAGUUUUGAAUUGGUGGCCACGGGAAUUUUCAAUGGCGUCUACAGAAGGAAAAAAAGAAGUAAAGAUGGUUUCAGAUCUGUCCAACCAAGUACUUCUUCAAUAUGAAAGCCUCCAACAAGAACAUGAAAAAAUCAAAAAGGAGUGUAAACAAAUGCAAGAGGAAAGAGAUGAGGCCUUACGGAAGCUAAAGGAAUUUGAACAAGUGUCUCACAGGGUAAUCGAGGAGGUGAACAACAUUCAGGAGAAUCUAGAUAUUGAAAAAACAUGUAGACAGAGUGUAGAGGCUUUGGCCUCCAAGUUAAACAGACAGAACCGCUCUCUGAAGAGGAAGAGUAUGCUGUAUAUGUCUCGUCUUAACGCCAGUGUUGUUGCUGAGAUCAACCUUGACGACGAAGCAGAUGAGGAUCCACAGGAGGAGGAGUUAGGUGUCUGUAGCUCCUCCAAUUGUCAGCUCAUCAUCACAGAGCUGAGGGAUAAACUAGAAGUGAUCCUGGCUGAAAAGAAGCAGAUAGCAAUUGAUCUGGAGAUGACAGGAGAGCAGCUCUGCCAGAUUAGACAGGAACUCCUGAAAGAGAAACAUGAAAAUACUGUUUUGAUAGCUGAAACGUUCCAACAAAAGAAGCUCUUGGGAAAAUACAAUAGAGUGUCACAGUAUGCUCUGGAGGAGUUUGAGUCCUUGCAGGAGGAUCUAAAGCUUGAGAGGGAUCUGCGUUCUGAAGCAGAGAAGUUUGCACGUGAGAUGCUUGUAGAACAGAAGAAGCUGAAAAGACAGAGCCAGAUGUUGGUCCAGAGUGUGUGUCCAGCCGAAGCUCUGCAGAAAGCUCUAGCAGAGAUCAACACACUGACACACACUCUAGAGGCCCAGAGACUUGAGCAUCAACAACAGGUGAAGGCUCUGGAAGAGCAGAUAAAUGCCAGUGAAUUAAAGCAGCAGCUGACAGUAUUACAUAAACAAACCGAGCUGCUAGAGGAGGAGAGAAAAGAGUGGCAGCACAAAUACACAAAAGCUGAAACCGAGGCCAAAGACCUCCGAUUUACAGUGGAGGAACUGAAGAAGAAGAUCCAGCAGGCCUCCAACCCACCACCUGCUGCCCCAGCGCCCCCUCCACCCCCUCCCCCACCUCCUCCUCCAACCCCUGCCCCCUCAAGCAACCCACUCAGCUCAUUAUUGUCUUUGCUCCGGAAGAAAAAAGAUGUCAGCAUUGAAACUCCAUUAGUAGAGAAGGACUCCUCUGAGAAAAGCCCAGAGAAGGACAUAAGACAGCAGGCUGUUGAUGAGAUGAUGCAGCGAAUCAAAAAAGGGGUUCAACUCCGGUCUGUUUCCCAGACAACCAACAGAGCAAGACCAGGACUGAAAGAACAGACACCGUCAAAUUCUGCCAUACAGGAGCUUCAGGGAAUCCUGAACUCUGUAAAGCAUCCCGGCCCCUCCCCCUCAUCUGGGACAGGCCCUCCGUCAGCAUCGCCAAAGUCCGAGCUAGAGAAAGCCCUGCACAGACGGAGACAAGCGUUGAAGACUACGCAGAAUAACACAACUCCCAGUAGUGUUCUGGAUGUGACCCAGAUAAAGCAGACUCAGCCAGAAACAGGCCAAAGCACAAGGGACCAGGACAUACAGCUCAACAACAACAAUUCGCACUGACCAACCCAAAAACCACAAAGUAGUACAUUAGUUGGAAAUCUGGAGCACAAGGAAUGGAAAAGGUGGAAGGAAAGAAAAUACUGAGCUUGCAUAUUUACACAUUUGGCUAAUGUUUUAAUGAAAAGUGUAUGGCCAAAAUCGCCCCAUUUCAUGUAUAAACAAUAAUUAUGUGGUGUAAUAUAGUUACUCUUAAACUAUAUCUGAAACUGUGACUACUGUGACAAAUAUUAAA